GACGCACUGUGCAAAGCGUGCUGUUUACAUAAAGUAUGUAGCUUGUUCGACAAGUUUUAAAAUAUGUAUGUCAAGGUUACAAGAAUCAACAACAUCGGAAUAUAAAGGUAUGAGAAGUAGCCCAUGAGAGCUGGCCUCCCGUCGUUAAUCUACAACACACGGGAACUCAAAAUGGACACGGCGUUGGCGAUAGGGGGGAGUCUGUUGGCGACCGCAGGCGCCGGGUACCUGCUAGUGAAAACGCUAUGCCCCUGGCUUCUGGUGGACAUCGAGUAUAUCCAAAAGGUUCUUCCGGGCGCCAAGCGCCUCGAACGCUGGAACAAAGAAGGCGUCCAUGCCAUUGAUAUUUUUGAGCAAUGCGUCAAAAAGCAUCCAGAUAAAUAUAUUUUGUUGUUUGAGGAUCAGAAAUACACAUACAAGGAAAUGGACUCCCACGCAAAUCGAAUAGCGAACCUGUCGCGGCAGCAGUUGGGGCUGGAAACAGGGGACACUGUCAUUCUGCUUCAACACAACUGUCCGGAGUUCCUGUUUGUGGUCCUGGGACUUAUGAAGCAAGGGGUGGCUGUAACCCUUGUAAACACGAGCCUGAGGGGGCGUGCCCUGCUUCACUGUAUCAAUGUCACACCCUCCAAGAUACUCAUCGUCGGGUCGGAUCCAUCUUUGUUGGACUCCGUUGUCGAAAUUGUUGAGGACUUGCCGAAAAUAAUGGUCUACGUGCACGGGAUGGCGGAUGCCGCGCUACCCGCCGACUUCAAAUCGCUGGAUUCUCAACUAGAGGCGGCAAGUACAGCCCCGGUCCCACCCAGCGUUAGGGCGAGCAUUGGACCGAACCACCCGUCGGUCUACAUUUUCACCUCGGGAACCACUGGCUUACCAAAGGCAGCUGUCGUGCCUUCUAAAAGACUUUUAAUCUCCAGCAUACUGUCGAAGGCAGUAGGGGUUUGCUCUGAUGACGUCAUUUACGUUACAAUGCCGUUGUUCCAUUCUAGCGCGCUCAUAGUCGGUUUCUUCCAAUGUAUGUGGGCAGGAGCGACGUGUGUUCUCCGCAAGCGGUUUUCUCGGUCCCAAUUCUUCCCGGACUGUCGGCGGUACGGGGUCACUGUCAUCAUAUACAUAGGCGAGAUGUGCAGGUACCUUCUAACAAAUGACAAGAGCGCAGACGAUACAAACCACAAAGUGCGUGUUGCCAUUGGAAACGGUCUUCGUCAGGACAUCUUCUCGGAGUUCCGUACGCGUUUUAAAAUCAAGCACAUAGCCGAGAUCUACGGGCCCACAGAGGGAAAUGUCGGCUACCUUAAUGUGCUUAACAAGGAUGGCAGCAUCGGUCGCGCAUCGCCCCUUCUGACGAAACUGUUUCCGGUCAGCUUCUGCAAGUGGGACGUAGAGAACGAGUGUUUGGUGCGAAAUUCCCAUGGUCUGUGCGUCCCCGCAGACAUAGACGAGCCGGGCCUAUGUCUGGGGAAGAUCACCCCGAAGAGCGAGUUUGACGGGUACCAGGGAAGAAAGGAACUCACAGAGAGCAAAAUCGUCAGGGACGUUCUGGUAAAGGGCGACUCGUACUUUAACACGGGUGACCUUAUGAGGCGGGACCGACUCUACUUCUUGUACUUCUGUGACAGGAUAGGAGACACAUACAGGUGGAAGGGAGAGAAUGUAUCCACGACGGAGGUGAGCAACUUCCUGAGCCUGCUCGAUUUUGUCACGGACGCCUGUGUUUACGGAGUACACAUCCCGGGUUACGAGGGCCGUGCGGGUAUGGCGACCCUGGCGUUAAACCGACCCUGGUCUGCUGACACGGAAGCCGAGUCCCUGCAGGCCAUCCUGGAACAUUGCGAAAGGACACUUCCGGGGUACGCCAAGCCGCUCUUCCUGCGGGUAGCUCGGGACGACCUUGAAAUGACCCAGACCGUGAAACAGACGAAAAUAACACUCAAGAAGCAAGCUUAUGACCCGGGUGUCAUUGACGAUCCUCUUUUUUACCUCGAUAAACUUCAGAAGUCUUAUCUUCCACUCACAAAAGUUGUGUAUGCAGAUAUCUCAGGAGAGAAAAUACCAUUUUAAGUACAUAGAUGACAUAUAUGUAUAACUGUGAUAUUUGAAGUGCCUAUAUAACCAUUGACAAAAGCAUUUUUAAACGUAUUUUACCAAGAACGAGCCUAAUGAGUAUAUGAUUUUCUAUCUGGUUGUGUUAAAGAAUUCAGCUCAUAGCAUCAAAUCAAAGUCGGUGUUUAAAUGUGUGGAAAUGUUGUUGCGAAAUGCACAUUAGUAAAUCAUAUUAAUUUGGAAAUAUAAUGUAUAAAAAUG